GGCACCUCCGUCGAAGCUAACCGAGCCGCUAACCUAGCUUUGCUCCAAACAAAUCACCUCGCGGGUUCUAGAUAGGUGGGUUAAAGACUAACGGGACGAGGCCAAGCACGGGUUUCUGAUUAGCAGCAGUUUUCCAGGUCGUGUCUAUGAGUGCUCUUGUCGUGUCUUGUCUCUGUGUGGAACAGUGAGAUGCUGCGUGAGGUAAACUGGCAGUGUUGGGUUCAGUGGCUAAGCUAGACGCCUGACCGGAGUCUCAGCGCUUCGUCGAUAAAGAGACGAAUAAACGAUGUCGAGUUAAUUUACCACCAACGCAGACCAACAGCAGCAUCACCUGACGUGCUCUCCGCAUCCUUUGAAGCGGAACUCCAACAUUUCUGUGACGUCAUGAGCUGGUCAUGGCCUCUUCUCCCUGCCCUGGUGCUGUCCUCUGUCCUCUCCUUGGUAACCGUGCAGACCGCACCAUGCCAGACCUGCCGGAAACUCACGGAAAACUUCAUCAAGGGCCUGGAGCGAACAGCCAAUAAAAACUUUGGUGGAGGGAACACGGCUUGGGAAGAAGAGAAGCUGGCCAAAUAUUCUCGCAGUGAGACACGUCUGUUGGAGAUUGUGGAGGCUGCGUGUGAGAAAUCUGAUUUUGAAUGCAACAAACUGCUGGAACAGAUAGAGGACCAGGUGGAGACCUGGUGGUUCCACAGGCAGCAGGAGGCUCCUGACUUGUUCGAGUGGUUGUGUAUUGAAGAACUCAGGCUGUGCUGCCCACCAGGUCGCUUCGGACCAGAAUGUGCAGAGUGUCCGCUGGGCCCUGGUGGGGUGUGUGGAGGUCUUGGCCGCUGUGAGGGAGAGGGAACACGUCUCGGAGAUGGAGAGUGUGUGUGUGACCCAGGAUACUCAGGCCCGCUCUGCCAGGAGUGCGCAGAUGGAUACUACAGGGAAAAGAACUCCAAUGGCACGCAGCCACCUUGCUCAGCCUGUUAUCACUCCUGCAAAAAGUGUUCCGGUCCACAGAACUACAAGUGUCUGGACUGCAAGCCGGGUUGGAUUCUUCAUGACAACAAGUGUGUGGAUAUAGAUGAGUGUGGUACUGAGCUGGCACGCUGUCCGUCCAACACUUACUGCUUCAACACUGACGGCUCAUACGAAUGCAGGGGUUGUGACCAGGCGUGUGUAGGCUGUAUGGGCAGUGGUCCUGCUCGCUGUAAGAAGUGUGCUCGAGGGUACAGACUGACUGGAGCCAAGUGUCUCGAUGUUGAUGAGUGUAAGGAAAAAGCAAUAGCAUGUCCCGGACUGAAUGAGGCCUGUUUUAAUGAAGAGGGAUCUUUCCGCUGUGAGUGUGCAGAAGGCUUCAUACGGAGAGACAGCAUCUGUGUGGAGAACCUUCCACCCUCUGGUCCAGAGAAAGGCUUAUUCGAUGACAUGACUGACGACGAGGUGCUGGUCCUUCAGCAGAUGUUUUUCGGUGUGGUGAUCUGCGCACUAGCUACACUAGCUGCUAAAGGAGACAUGGUAUUCACCGCUAUCUUUAUCGGGGGUGUGGCAGCCAUGGCGGGCUACUGGCUCUCGGAGAAGGGCGACCGCAUGCUGGAUGGCUUCCUGAAAGGGCGUUAAUCCACGAGCUGCUCAGGAACUCGAGAGCGUGGGAGUGACUACUGGACUGCAAGCCUAUCAGAAGACAGAAACUUGAAGAAGUGGGAGGUUGACAGGAGUGGCUAAAGGAGUGCAAGCCAAUCAGGGAUGUGGAAGAUGAACAGAGGAAGGGUGACGAUGGCAGUGCUACCGUGUCGAGGGCAUUGUAAGAGGGGGUUAUGCUAAUGGAUUGUACUAUGCUAAUUUAUAUGCUGUUUCCACAGUACAGUUUCUCUGCUGCUCACUGUAAGAGACUCUACUUAGGGAAUUUUUAAAUACAUUUGAGCCAGAUCAACAUAUUGAACAGCUGUUUAGACUGCACUGACGCUUGGCAGGUAAUAGAACAUGUUGCUGUAUGUUGGCUUAGGCGUGACCCUUGUCAGAACAUACAGCGGCGUAGCAUAAAGCUGAUCACUUCUACAGUUUUAGUUUAUGAUUAAAUGCUCAGAAUGAGAAUGUUGAGACCAUGUUCACUUUGUUUUAUUAUUUUAUCAUUUCUAACUUGAUUUAGACGUUUUGAGCAAACCUAGAGCACCGAUGAGUGAAUCUGAAGCUAUAGACAGAGCGAUCCAUAGAAAGCUUGACCCAGCGAAGACGAGUAUGUAUGAAUUUUCAUAAUGAAGAGUUCUGUGCAAAAGUCAGAUCACCUUUCAUUUGUUACAUUUCCAGUCAAAUCUCUGGACAUUAAGUACAAGUUCUUUAUUUUCAAGAGAUAGUCCACUUGCAUAGAGAAAAAAAGGAGUUUCCAAAAUUGAUUAAAAGAAAAUAGAGAAAAUGGGGCUCCUAACAACUGUGCCCCCAGUCUGGUAGAUCACCAAAACGGCUACCGUCAGAUAUACAGCACUGAAAGCUUUCAUCUUUGAGAAAAAGAAGAUUUUGAAAAAAAAUUCACAGGUGUUUCUGUCCAUCCGUCCACUGUGGGAAGAAAACUGAACACAGAGUUGAAAGACUGUAGCUGUAAAAAACAUUACUGAGAAAAGUAAACAGCCACAUGAAGAGAAAAGUUGUGAAUUGAACAAAGACGCUGAUGGUGUGAAGGCAAAGGGAGGACAAACUCAACACUGAAAAUUCUAAUACUAUAUUUAGUUGUGGCUUCUGUGUCAUUUUCUGUUCUGUAUGUUUUCUGGUAACAGAUACGUUUUCUGACUUUAGCACAGCACUCGCACUCUGUCUGUUGGGAAGAAUUGGUUCAUUUGUAGUUUACUGAGCAGCAAGAAAUGGAACUGUAACCAGUAGUAUUCUUACUUACAGACUCUUUCUAGAGAAACAAUGCAUUUAUGCAAGGUGACCUUACAUUGCACUUCAUUUAUUGUUGCUUAGAUCUGCUGUUUUUUUUUUUAAUCCAAUGUUAAUGUCUAUUUAUGUAUUAUUUAAGCAGAUCAUCAUUUUCUGCUGUUAAUGAUUCAUUCAGGUAUAAAAGUGUAUUUAUACGUUCUUAGUUUCAAAAGCUUUCAGUAGAAGCUCAAAUGCUGGUAUCACUGGAGAUCGAAAGAGCCUCUUUUAAAUUCCUGCUGCACCCUCUAAUAUGAAUACUAGUGGAAGGCCUUUGCGUGAAGGAAUAUUCCAGCAUUUUUCAGCCCAACCUCCAUUUGCAUACUGGACGGACGAUCACCAUGGACAAUUCUCCCAUGAUUCUCAUUGAUUUCCAUUAUAAUUUUGUUAAAAGUUCAUCAGGUUGUCCAUUUCUUUUCUAAGUUCAGGGAAACGUGUCAAGUGGCUGUGGUGCCUGACUGUAUGAUAUGGAUGCAGCAGAUGGAGUUUAGGUUGAAAAUGCUAGUUCCCUUUUAUGUCCUACUGAUCCAACUACAAACCAUGGAGAAACUUCCAGUUUUAGUUCUCUGAAUCUGCAUAUUUAUUCAUUUGUAUGAUGGUAUAACCUGCAUGAGCUUUUUAUCCAUACUUAGUUCAUAAAAGAACCCUCAAAAUGAUCAGCCACCAAGACAGAGGGGUGAAAAAAACAAUGUUGCGUGGAGGCACGAGUUGGCGAGCUAAUUUCAAGUCAAAAGAAGUCAUUUGAAGUAGCUUGGCAACCCAUAUAUUCAUCUUCAUAGUCUACCUCCCAGUAUGUUUUACAUUUUUAAAUCUGCCACCUGAAAAAUAAUGAUAGAUUGUACUGACUUAUCCACUCUAUGAUAAAGCAGUGGAGAGAUUAUUUAAUUAAAGCCUAUUUAAGUGA